ACAAUUUUCAGGGAAAAAGCCUUAACAUGGUGAACAAAAAUAUCAAAAAACUUACUUAUGAAAUAUCUCGGCUUAAACUUAAUCGUUUCGUGUUGGUGACGUAGCUAAUUCUUUUUUCCCGAUGACGUGUAUUUAACGAGGACCAUGUUGUGAAAUGUAAGUCUAACCUAGAGUUUCAUGAAAACCAAAAAACAGGAAAGCAAUGAUGGCAACAUUGAUGAUAAUUAUGGAGGAUAUGUGAAUUUAAGGACCAAUGUUCCAUGACUUAAAGAAAGCGUUUACAGCCAAUAAACACACUGGUAGGAAGGUGUACUAUGUUGGUCAACAUGAUUGUAAUGUGUUUAAUGUUCAAAACCAACAACCGUUCUUACUGUGAGAACUUUUGAUCUACUAAGAAAGUCAAACUAUUACAGAACAUGGAUGAAUGUACAAUAUUUCAAAGAAUAUGGCUACUUUCACAUUUUGAAGACUGGGAAAAGGAUAUCUUUUCUUUGUCAAUAUUUGUUGAACUGAGUCUCGAGAAGGACUGUACGGAAUAAUAAAAGGAGAAUUUAAGAUCUGUUUCCGCUUGUCAUUGCUAUUGGUUUAUCUGUUUUUCAAACUUUAAUGGUCGUUUAUUAGAGAGAAUUAUUUCAAGAUAUUUUUUCGAGAGCUUAGAAGAUCAUGGGUCUGUUGAAGAGAGUAAUGUUAUCAAAAGAAACAGGUUACAAAUGUCUCGUGAAACCCUUGAAAAUGCUGGUGUAUCAGCGAAUCAAACUCGUGAUGCUAAAGAGAGUCGUGUGUACGACGUGAAUAUUGUUUCCCACGAGAAUCGUGGAUCUAACGUGGGACGAGUUGCUAAUGAGUAUCGUGUUGUUGAAGAAUGGAAGUCUUCAGAGUUUCAUGAAAACAGAAAAAAGGAAAGUGGUAAUUUCAAUGUGGAUGAUAAAUGUGGAGAAAAUGUGAAGCUAAAGUCCAAUGCUCCACUACGUACAGAGAGGUUACAGCCUAUCAACGUGUCUUCCAAGGAGACAGCCACAAUGACGUCACGUAGUAUGGCGUCACAUUACCACCGUUCAAGAAACAUGAUGCCCUGUGAUUCAGUGAGAAAUUAUACCAACAUGGGUUACAGUCAAUAUGGCGAUGAUGUGUCUAGUGUUCAUCAUCAACAACCUGUUGUUAUUGUGAGAACAUUUGAUCAUCCAGGAACGUCGUACUAUUACAGACGAAGGAGAUCAUUGCCAAGAAACCACUCAAGACUUAACUACAAAAAAUCUUUUAAAUCUUCGACGGUUCGCAGACGAAAACCUUUACCAUCUCCCUGGACAAUAAACCUUCGAAAUUCGCCGUCAAGACAUGAAAAUUAUGAAGAUGUUGACUCUUAUUACUUACCACCUAGAAGAAAAGCCAAAUAUCAAGGUUCGACCUGUACACGAGAUUACAUGAAUCACGAAAUGAAAGUUUGUGAAGCUAAAAGUCAUGGUUCUGGUAAUAGUAAAGGAUACAUUGUUGAAAACUGUCCAAAACUAUUCCAUGCUAAAAAUGCUAAAACCUCGACUUAUUACAAAAUUUCUGGUCGAUCGCAACUCAGCUCACAUUCAGAUGCGUUAUAAGUAGAUUAUAAAUCAUCGCCUGUCCUUCAAGACCAAAUUAAGGAUCAAAAUUUUCAAGCAAUUUAUUCCGACAAAAAGUGGGAAGAAAAAUUACAUGACCCAGAAAUCAUGUCCACUGUCAGUGGCAGUGAGUUUUCUGAAUUCUUACCCACUCCUCCACGGCCAAAUGAUAGGUAGUUAUAAAUCAUUUAAAAACAAAUUUGAAAGAAACGUUAAAGAAAACAGGGACGUUGUUGCUGAAGACAGAAGUCAAUCAGAUCAAGAAAAGCAUAAUGAAUCAUUUGAAGAAACUUUAGAGCGUUUACGAAAUGGCGAAACGUGUGGGAGGAAUGAAACGAAAGUAGAAAAAACGUCGGAUCAUUUAAUAAAGAAACGUGCAGUUCAUCGUGGACUCAUAAUGACAGCGGUUUUAGAAAGAAACAUCAUGUGCCAAUAAAUGGUGUUCAAGUCCUACCACCAGAACCAGUUUUUAUUCAGUUUGAAAGUAGCGAUGAGGAGAAAGAAAAUUGAAGUUGAAUGAUUUAUUAACAAGCUAUUUUAGACUUAUAAAUGGUUCACUUUAUAUGGUGAAUUUACUAUCUAUGUAAUAACUUACUAUUUAUUUUUCAUACAUUUGAAGGACAUUUAAAUCCACAAAUUAUUCAUUCUCCCCCCUCCCCACCAUGGAGAACAUAAAGCAUUUUUUCAAAAAAAUGUACUUCCUACUGUUAUUUUGAAAUUUCUACAUUGUUAAAAUAAUCUUUUUAUGACGACAUUGCAAACGAGGCGUUAUUAUUGAUGUUUCUAACCUGACGGAAACGUUAUAGAAAUACACUUGUUGAAAUACCUAUUGGAGACUGUGAUCGGAGAUCAGUGGUUUGUCUAUACUGAUAUGACAAAUUAAUGAGAAAUUACGUUGACGAAAAGAAAAUUUCAACGACUGUCAAGUAUGAUUUGUGUUCAACACUACGAUAUGCCUAGUGAGCGGUCUCGCGGUAAGUUGACCCUGUUCUGCCGUAAAGAUGAAAAAUAUUACGCGUUGACUUGUUUCCACGUUGGUUAUGCACCUCAUGUGAAGUUGAAUGAUGACCUUCUUGCGAUUCAAGAUGAAAUUAGUAAAAACAAAGAAAGCGUUCAACGUUUAUUGCUUAAAAAUAAAUAUACUUUCUCGGAUGAUGACAGCUUGGUUGGUCAUUUUUCUGACUUCUCUUAUGGUCCUGAAAUUGAUAUCAUGUCUAUCACUGUUGGCAAUAAAGAGGAUUUUCAGAAGCUUGUUGGUGAUGAAUUGGAAGAUGUUAAUUCAAACUUUGAUGACGUAUUUAGCAAAAUUCACGAAAGGCUGUGCCAAGGGGAAUCUGUGAAAGUUUGCACAGCCACUGGUACUGAGGGCUACUUGUGUGACCUUAUGUAUUCAGUUUUGUUCAAAGAACAUGUGAUUUUGCGUAGUGUUAUCAUGAUAAAAAGUGAUGAGUCAUUUCUUCAGGAUGGUGACGCUGGUGUUCUUGUUUAUUUUUUGGAUGAAAAAAAUAAUUGGCAACCGUUUGCGUAUGGAAUUGCAGAAUUAACUAAUAAUCACGGGACAUAUUAUAUCUGCUUUAGAUUAAACAUUGCCUUAAAAGAACUUGGCCUACAGGGUGGUCAGUUUUUUAAACCGAGGAAAAAUGGUGACACUCUAUCCGUUAGUGAUAAACACAUCGACGAUGACACUGCGUUGAACAACACCAACCGUGACGAAAAUGGUCGCACUGCCUCUUAUAAUGAGACAUACACUUAUUUAAGCCAACUUGAAAUUGCUGAGAUAACGGACAACAAAAUACUCAAUCUGAAGCUUCUAGUCCAGAUGUACACCAAUGAAUAUCACAAAUUUGUUGGGUUGUCGCAAGAAUGGAAUUGCGUUGACAAAUCAGUGUUGCAUCGCGAAAAGUUUGAAAUGAUGAAAAAACAUUGGCUUGAACAUCCAGGUGAUAUUAGAAUUAAAGGCGAUGUACGUGUGAUUUUCAUGGACGAGUUCUUGAUUGGCGAAGGAAGUGGUGGAACCUGUGUUUAUCUUGGUUUGGGAAAUGAUGGUUAUGGAAAAGCUGUAAAAAAAAUCCCAAAAAAGAGCUUAUCCCACCUUGCUCUACAAGAAAAGAAUGUUUUGGCUGAGCCAAAGGCAAAGAACUCGAAGCAUGUUGUAAAGUAUUGGAACUUCGUAGAAGAGAAAGGAGAAGAUUUUGUCUAUUUGAUAUUAGAGUUGUGCGAACAAACUUUGACAAGUUUUGUUGAGUCUACUAGUUUAGAUAAACUUCACGAAGCCCUUACCGAAAUCCUUAGACAAAUUUUAAAUGGAUUAUCUGAUCUUCAUAGUGGCCCAAGUUCUAUUCUUCAUCGAGAUUUAAAGCCUUCUAAUGUUCUUCAAGACGUGGAAGGCAAAUUUAUGAUAGCUGACUUUGGCAUUAGUCAAAUAUUGAAAAGUAAAUCAACACAUCGAAGCAGUCCUGGUAAAGGAACUUUUGGUUGGUCCGCUCCUGAAUCCUUGCGUGAUGGUCGUUACAAGAAAGAGUCUGAUAUAAUGAGUGCAGGAAUGGUGGCUUAUUAUGUUGCAACAAAAGGGAAACAUGCUUUUGGAACUGAAAAGUAUAGAUUGAAAAACUUGUUAGAUGGAAAACCUGUUGGCUUGAAGAAAAUCGAUGAUGUUCAACUUAAAGAUCUUCUUUCAUGGAUGCUACAACUAAAACCAGAAGACAGGCCACCAGCCAACGAGGCGUUAAAACAUCCUUAUCUACGAUCCAAUGAGGAAAAGUUUGACAUGCUGUGUGAUGUUGGGAACCAACCUGAGAUAAAACAACCAAAAUGUCAAAAUUCAGAUGUUCGUAAGCAGUUGAAUCGUCGCACAAAAUGGAUGAAACGUAUCCAUGACGAAGUUUUGAAAGAUUUAAAAACAUUUGAAGAACACAACAAAAAAAGGACUGUAACCUACAAGUCUUCAUGGGCAAGUUGUUUGAGAUUCAUACGUAACGUUGAUCAGCACUGGUAUGAUAAUCCUCGUUCACGUCUAUCGCCAUAUAUCAAGGAAGGAAACUAUAAAGAGUAUUUCAUGCAACGUUUUCCCGAACUUCCUCUACUGGUGCACAAAAUUAUUAGAUCGACUGACUGGAAAACAAGACCUAAAUUGCAACAACAUUUUACCUGAAAAUGAAUGCGGUGGAAAUUUAAGGAAGUCAGUGGAAAGAAAAGUUAAGAUAUUAUUGACAACCGUUAUCUUGAUGGAAAAUGAAGUAUAACAUACUUUUAACUAAUCAAAUUGUUAAUUUGAGCAACGACCAAGAAAUUGGUUCAUAAAGUCAUAUCUUGAAUGUAUAGUCACUGAAGUAUGGAUUAAUAAUUAACUUAAAUUCGAUCAUAUAUGUAUGUACAGGUCUUAAUUGAUGUAGGACGUGAAUGCAUGAAAAGGAAUUAGGGAAUUGUGUAUUAUUUAUAAUCGCAGAGCAUCUUGCAAAUAAAUGUAAUGUUUGUUA